AUUUUUUUGUACUUCAAUUGGUACAAGAACUAUAUAUAAAUUUAUAAUUUCUUAUUAUGUUUCAUACAAUACUAAUAUUGCAUGUAUAAAAAAAUCUAUUACUUUGUGCGGUAUAUAAUCAAUUUUUAUCAGGCACACUAUUGAGUUGGAGUGACAGCUUAGAACAAAUCUACACAAAUUCUAGCUCAAAGGAUAAAACAACAAAUAAAAGUGAUAGAUUUGAAAAUGAUGGUAAACAUCUUUUCUCCUAUAAAGCCAAUGUUUGGUUCGUUUAAUAAUCUACUAGACGAUUUUUAAAAAGAUCAGACCAAACAUUUAUCCAAGUCUAGUAAGUUUAUGUUAAAUGUUUGAUCUAUUUAGUCAGAUUUGUUUAAAUCUGGUCUGAUAUAUAUUCUUAAAAAAAUUAAUAAAUUUUAAUAGACUUUAUUUUUAUUUUUAUAUAUGUAAUGUUGGUAUCAUAUGAAAGGUAAUAAAUAGUUAUGUGUUUGGAUAUUUUUUUGUAAGAAACAAAAUAUAAAUAAACAAGUUGCAAUACUUUAUAACCAGAAGUUUUUAUAAAGUGUUAAAUUAUUUUUUCAACUUUUAUAUAUGCAGUAUUGGUGUCAUAUGAAAGAUAAUAAAAAAUUAUAAUUUUUAUAUAUUAUUUGUAAGAAUCAGAUUACAAAAAAAAGUUAUACGGAGUAAUUCUUUAAAAAACAUAGGCGGAUGUUUAAAGUGUCUAUUUUUUAAUUAUGUUUGUAUAUGCAAUGUUAGUGUCAAAUGAAAGAUAAUAAAAAAUUAAAAUUUUUGAUAAAUUUAUUAUAACAAUUGGAGCACACAUAAAAAAGUUGUAGCAUUUCAAAAAUAAGGAAUGAUUUUUUAUUGGUGGAACCCAAGACAAUUUUUCAACUAUGCUCUUGUGCGCGGCGUUGCAAUAAUUCCGUAGCUUUUUACUUUUGCCUAAGCUGCAAUUGCGGUUGGGAGUUAUUAGCUUAAGUUAAUCAAAGCAGGCGCAGAGGGCUGUGAAAAACGGGAUGGACAGUGCAACGCAGAGUGACCUGCAGAAAAACAAAUUUGACACACAACUGGAGAAGGAAUAGAACCAAGAAUACCCUUAGCGGAUGGGAAACAUGCAUAAUGACGAUUAGUACCAGAAGUAUAAUGAGCAUUAAUAUUUAAAUUGGACAAAACCGAUUUACCAGAUGUAUCAUUAGGUGGUCUCGGGGUAUGCACACCCCCUGCAGGUCUCGGCCCUGGCAGAUGGAAGGGUGUCGGAGCUGCUGGUGGCGCAUAAAACAGCUGAUGUUGAUGUUGCCCCCCUCUGCCGCGACCCCUGCGGCCUCGUCCGCCUCUGCCGCGACCUCCGCGGCCACGGUAAGCAUUCUGCUGACUCGGCUGCCCGGCCCCCACUUGAGCACCAAAAGCCUGUUGAGGAAAGGAAUCGUCGUGCUGCUGUUGAUGUAAAAGGUGCUGCUCAGCUUCCAUGAGGCGUGGGUGGAGAAUAUCAGGGGGAAAGCUCUCAGGAAACAAAGAUAUGGUGCUCGUAACAAACUGAUAUUCAGGUCCUAAUCCAAGGAGCGUGCUUUGUAGUAAUUCUUUAUCAGUCACACGCGAAUUAAUGGCAGCUAAAGCAUCAGCCAAAGUUUUAAGUUCACGUAAAUAAUGCUCCAUGGAUUGAGUAGGUUUCUUUUUAGUAUUAGACAAUAAACGUUUAAGUUCCAUUGCUCUAGGUAAUCUGGCAGACAUAAAUCAUGAUUGUAACUGCUCCCAUAUACCAAGUGAAUGUUUAAUAUCAUGAACAUCAGUUAAUACUUCACGAGAUAAAGUAGCAAACAACCAAGAACGUAUUGUUUGAUCUACUCGAAGCCAAUGAUAAUAAUCAGUAUUAGCGAUUUGAUGAUUAUUAAAAUCCACUGUGUAUAAGGGAGGUACCUGAAUGGACCCGUCUAAAAUAUCAAAAAGACCCUGGGACACCAGAAACGAUUCAAAUUGAGUGCACCAUGUAAGAUAGUCUUCAACCGCUUUGAGUUUGAUGGUGACAAUCUGGCCAACAUUAGCAAUCCCAUGAGACACAACUUGAGCCAUGGUUGCCAUAGGAGAACCAAGAGGAGAAGGAUCAUAUCGUGGCCGAAUGACACCUGGGAAGCCAGCAAACGAUGGGCCAAAGAAUGGAGAAGCCGGUGGCAGUGCAGUCCUUGGUGUUGGAAUAGAAGAUAAAAUCCCUGGAGAACCAACCACCGUGUGUCCCGAGAAUUGAGUUGCCGGUGGUGCAGAGAGAGAGAGAGGGUGGCGGGUCCAGAGUGGGGUGUUGAACCGGGGAUGGAGCAGCCCAUGAAAACACUGGCGGCAGAUUCUGGAAGAGCGAGUAAUUUGGCAGAGUAAUGCGAGUCGGCGAAGCAGAGACAGAGGAGACCUGCGCACCAUGAAAUUGAGGUUGCGAAGGAGAUGAAGAAACCUGCGCACCAUAGGAAACCUGCUGACCAGACAAAUUGGGCUGCGAACCAAAGGAGAGAGGUGCGCCACUGGAACCUGUUGGAAUGGAAGCGCCAGAUACCACCGAGAUGGAAGAAUCCAUUGAGAGGCAAGAAGAAGCUGCGGCCAUGUUCAUGGCGGGAGGGAAGAGAACGGCGAUGACGGUGUGAUAGAGUAUAUCUAGAGAGAAGUGAGAGCUAGAGAGAGAAGUGCAAUAAUAUGCUUCAAAAGAAUGAUUUUGUAACCCCCAUAACUACUCCCAAAGGGAGUAUUUAUAGAGAAAAUUAGGGUUGGGCUCCCAAGCCUUGGGCUUGGGAGGCCCAUUUACAACUGGACCGCUACUGGGCCGAAUACAAAGCCACUAAUGGGCUGUACAAAUGAGUAAGUGUAAAAUCUGAUUCUGGGAGGUCUUCUUGGCCGACGAGGGCGUGGCCGACGAGGGCACGGCCGACGAGGGCACCCGGGUUCCUUGGACUCAGGACCAUAAUCCGAGUUGGCCCCUUUUCGGCCGACGGGGGCGUCCUGGCCGACGAGGGCGCCACUCUGUUGUCUUGUGCUUUCUGUUCUUCCGAGUAUGUGGGUCCUGGGGCUCAGACCCAUAUACUCCAUCAGGAGUCCCCCACUCUCUAAGCUGAGACGUAGACGAAGCGAAGGAGAGUAGAUUCCUGUGCUUUGUUGCCCUUGGCCGAUGCGGGCAUCCCCGGGCCGUUAGCCGUUGCGGCGUUGGCGUUGUUUCCUCUUUGGUGAUCCUAUCCUGUGCUUUGGCCGUUACCUGUUCCUCGCUGUGGGCGGGGAGGCCGUUGUUUCCUUAAUGUAUUUGUUUUGGGACGAUGAGUGUCCUUCUUUCAAUGGUGGCCGUUGAAGGCACGUUUUGCUUGGGCGCUAAUGUUUGAAGUUUGUGUUUGGGCCGACGAGGCCACUGAAGUUAUUCCUUGCUUUGAGGACGGUGGCGUCCUUUCCUUUGGGUGGCCGAUGAGGGUGUUCGCGCACUCCUUUUGGCCGUUGCUGGUUGGCCUUCGUGUUCUUGGCCGAAGGGCCCGUCAAGACUAAUUGUUGGCGGAGGACGAUGAGUGUCCUUGCCUCUAGUGGCUUGUUGGCCGUCGCUAGUGACGUUAUGGGCCUUUGGCCGAUGAAGUUCCGUUGUGCUGUAUGGAUGAUGUGGCCAUGCUUUGUGGUUACCUUGUUUGCAUUUUUCUUUCGUUUUGUUGAGGCUGGUGUAGUCCCCCAGUCCCCCACUGCUUCAGGCCGAAGAGUGUGAGGGUGAAGGAGUUGCUUGAGUCCCCGACCGAAGCGGUCUCGCCGUAGUCCCCCUGAAUCCAACCCUCAUGGCGAUUUUCUGGCCAAGGUAACCCUGUGGGAGAACCCUUGUGCGCAGAUCGCUUGUAGAGGGUUAUCAUCAAGGGUCAUUACGAGGAGCCGAUGGCUUUUGGGCUCUUUGGUCCUUUGAUCUUGUGGCCGUUACCUUCCUGGCCGUUGCCGUCUCUUUAUUGUUUGGCAGUUGUGGUCUUGGCGAGCAAGUGGGACGUAGUGGACGCUUGCUGUCAUUCGUAAAGCCGGCGAACGUGCAGGCCGUAGAGUCUGAUUUGCCGGUUGGCCGUUGAUAUGGAUUGGUCCUGGCCCGUUGGUGAUGUGGUGGCCUCCCAUUGGUGGCCGUUGAUGUGGCCAUUGGGAGAGUGCCACGUGUAGUGACCGUUGGGUGGGGGUCUAUAAAUACCCCUUCCCCUCCGACGAGGAAUCACAUUUGCAUUCUGAAUUUGUCGAAGUGCUGGCCGAUUUUCUAGAGAGAUAAACUCCCAAGCCUGUUCUUCGUGUUCUUCGUUGUUCGAGGUUAGUGUUCAUCACGAUCUUCCUCACUUUUCAUACUUUGCUUCCUAGGUAGUUGAUCUUGUGUUAGGCGUUUGAACACCCUUAGAUCUUAAGUUGUUCUCCUUAAGCCCGUAGUAGUAGUAAUGAAGAACUUGAACGAAGACUACUACCCCUACGACGACCAGCCCUCCACGAGGUCGCUUGAUUACGAGGUGCUCGAGGAGUUUGAAGAGGAGAUAGAGCGUUUAAGUCCAUACAAAUCCAGGGAGCUGAUGGACGAGGAAGGCGAGGACGAGGAGUCCGCCUCUUCUUCAAAGGGUGAGGACGUAGGUGCGUCCCGAGUGGUGGACGGGGCGUCCACUUCUGCUGUCAUUCCGUGCUCGAGGCCGGUGUCCGCCGUUAAGGGAGCCGCCAAGCCGAAGAGAGUGAGGAGGCCGAAGAGUGGGCCCGGCGUCUCCUAUCUAGAUCUCACCAACAUCUACCUGAUCAAGCCGGAGAGCAGUGCGGCCGACUAUCUUGUUGCCCAGAUGUACGUGGGGCCGUUCGGGCGGGUUAGGGCACCCAGGCCGACGGACCAUGUUCUUCUGCCACCACCGGGAUACUUUGGAGUAUACCCGAUGAGCUUUGCUAAGGGGUUGAGAUUCCCCCUUCACCCUUUCAUUACUGAGUACCUGGACAUGGUCGGGCUUCCUCCGGCCUUGCUGACGCCGAACAGCUACUCCUUGAUGGUAGGGUUCUUGCUCCGGUGCGAGGAGUUGGGCUACAAGCCGACAACGGCACUAUUCAUGAAUCUGUACCAGAUCGGCCGAGGAAGCCAUAAGAACUGUGCGGCCUACGCUACUCUUCAGCAGUUGCCGAAGAAGAGGAGCUUCACGGAUUUGCCUACGUCCAUUCAUGGGUGGAAGAGCAAGUUCGUGUUUGUGUCCAUUGGUGAGAGUGGCACCGAGUUUCCCUCCCUCGGCCACACCGGGAGGUUUAACCUGCACGACCCACCGAAGAGCUCAAUUUUGGACGCUCAGGUGGAGGCUUUCUUGGAAGGGGGGCCGAGGAGCGUGAAGGACUACAUCACGAAAUAUAAGAUGGCCGCCCUCGGCUUCGUGAGGUACUAUGUCUAUGGUGACAAGGAGGAUGACCUCCAACUCUGGCCGAGGAUGACCACCACCUUCGAGGAGGCCGACGGCCCGGACUUGGGCAUUCCUGCUGGGGCCGAUGAUUUUGUCAUGGACCGUCGUUCCAUGAUGGCUAUUGCCAAGGCCAAAGCGGCCGAGGAGAUUGCUGCUAAGGCGGCCGAGGCGGCCAGACGUGCCGCGGCCGGUGGGAGCGGGGCUACUGCUGAUGCGGCCCCAAAUCCUGCUCCGAAGAAGAAAAGGCCGGCCACUGACGGCCAGAAAAAGUUAACCGAGCCCGGCCUGAGCGCCUCGAAGAAGACGAAGAGGGCUCCUUCCCCUUCUCCGGCUACUGAGGCCGGUUCUCUGACUGUCCCCAGCGUGGGUGGUGGUGACCCCGUCGUGGACCUUACUGCUGCUGGUGAUGCUGCUCCAUCACUGCCAUUCGUCCAGGAGCCACGGACGAAGAGGGCCGGCAAAGAGAUUGCCGGUGCCAACUACCAGAAGGUGGUAGAAUACCCCGUCGGUGGGGGCGUGUUUAAUGAUCUCGUCCCUGGCCACGUCGUCCUGGCCCAGGCCAUGCCGGCCAAAGACCGGGCUUACUUGAAGAAGCUUGGGGACGAGAAGAUUUACGAGGGCGGCAUGGACCUCUUCGUCCAAGUAAGUUACUGUCCCUAUGUUUUUGUCUCUCUUCGUCUGUGUAGAGUCUUUUGCCUGACCUUUGUUUUCCUUCUGCAGAGUGCCUUCAUGCUUAUGGAAAGCCAUAAGAGGCAGUAUUGGGAGAUAGCUCGCUUGAAAGGGCUGGAGCAGAAGGCUGCCUUGGCCGACGAGGCGGUAGCUUGCCUUGAUCGGCUCCGGGAGGAUGCCAAGGCGUUGCAGGCAAAAGCUGAUGAAGCCGCCGCGGCCAGGGACGAUGCCUUGGCCAAGCUCGAGGAGAGCAAAAGGGAGCUCGAGGAGUCCCAAAGGGCGCUUGAGGCCGAGAAGCGCAAGAGCGAGGAGGCCGUUAAGGCGAAAGCUGAGGCCGGGGCCGCCGCUGUGAGGGCUGCUGACGAGGCCGUUGAGAAGUUCCUGGUCGAGGGGUGGAAGGCCGAUGAGAGGCUCCCCUGGUGCUACGAGGUGGUGGCCGCCAGGCUUGAGAGUUGGGGGAUGAACUCCCCCACCGGCCGGGAGUAUUUCAGUCGGGAGAUGUCCGUUUAUUACAACCUGGGCCAGGAGCGGAUGCAAAGGCUCCUGUGUCGGCGGCUAUCCCGGGCGUUGAAGGCCAUGAAUUACACGUCUGGGUGGGCUAGACGGAACCUGAAGCUGCCAAAGCUGAUGAAGGAUCCAGAAGAGCAGGCCAAGCUUCCGCUGUCGGAGCGAGAGUCCCCCAUAGAAAGCUCCGGCCUCGGCGAGCCGGACUACACUGAAUUCGACUUCCUGGACGAUGCCACUAGUGCUGCGGCCGCCGCCGAGGAGGGAAUUGACGAGGCCGAAGAGGCCGCCGAGGAGGGAUCCGACGAGGUUGAAGAGCCAGCCGCGGAUGAAGGUGCCCCGGAGGCUUGAUCGGCUAUUCCCUGUUGUAAUUAGAUUUUCAUUUUUUGCCAAAUGAUGUAACGGCCGAAGUGCCCCCAAUUGUAAUGAACUCACUAUCAAUUGAAGAAAUUUUUGCUGUCCUUUUCGGCUUUGGAUCCCUUGUAUGCUUGUUUGUCUUUUGUCAUUUCGAUUCUGUAAAUUGUCUAAGUGUCAAGUCAUAACUUGGGUCACCCGCGAUUGUCCGCUACGUCCAUGGGGUAGUCCACCCUGUCCGGUGACCUGGUCGGCUUGUUCGUCGUUGUUUAACACUUAGGAAUUUUUUCUAAAAUUUCCUAAGUGUUUUGGGCUCACUGAGCUGCUUUCUUCCCGGUCUGGUGGCCUCAUCGGCCUGACCGUCGUAUCUGUACUAUCCUAACACUUAGAAUUUUUUUUUGAAGAUUUCCUAAGUGUUUUGGAUUCGUGUAGUUGCUUCCCU